CUUAAGUGCUGCAGAUAUUGUCUUCUAUGUACUUUCAGACAAUAAACUUGCAACAGGGGCACUACACACGUAAAAGAUCUGUGAAAACAGUUUGCACCUUCUUGCUUGCAGCUACAUGCAGAAUACUGUCCAACCCUACGAUUGAAAAAAGGCUGUUGUAGUGCCCUGGCCUCUGUCAUAGAACCCUCUUUGCUUGGCUUUGUCCAGCGUAAGAGCCUGGGUAGUAGGUUGGGUGUUGGAGGAAUGCCUCCCGUAUCGGGUGACCCAUUGCCCCACGGCCUUUGCUCCUCGCCUAGCUCGCAGUGAGGGAGUGCUCCUGGUCGGCGCUGUAUCCCAUGUCACAAAAGCACCUUUCUACACAACAGAGGUACAGAGUAUGUUCCACAGCACAGUGGUUCUCCUUGGGUCGGCUCCAGCCCGCCAUAGUUGGAUUUCAGACCUCCCCCUGUGCUUCCAGCAAACACCCUCAUUGGUGGGGAUGUUCUUUCGCCCAAGCCUGGCAGAGAUAUCAGAGAGACCUGGAGCUCCUGGUGCUGCCAAGCGACCGCUAGAGAGGAUAAAUGACCAUACCACUUAUGCAUAACUGGAUCCCAGUCAACCAUGAGGAUUAUCUCCUGUCAGUCGACCCUUCUGGCUGUAGUUGUAGUUACACUCACUGUGGUGUCCUUCGCUGAAGCUAAAACUACACAGAAGCCAAAGUAUCAGUACACCAAGAAGCCCGUCCCUCAGAUCACCGUUCACAACCCUGUGACCACCAGCAUGCCCAAGACUCACAAGAUAGUGCCGAGCGCAAAACCUGUGGCGCCCCAUCCGCUGCCCAUCACAGAGAGGACCACCUAUCCGAGCCACGUCUUUCCACAGUACUACACAGAGAGCCCUGAGGCCCCCGGUGUUGGCCCAGAGAACUACACCCUAGAUUAUAAUGAGUGUUACUUUAACUUCUGUGAGUGCUGUCCACCUGAGAGAGGCCCCAGGGGGCCAAAGGGAGACAGAGGCCUGGCAGGGCCGCCAGGUGAAAGAGGCUUUACAGGGCCAGCUGGUUUACCUGGACAACCUGGACUGAGUGGUCCUAUGGGGUUGAAAGGAGAUAAAGGGGAGAAAGGUGACAGAGGAGGCAGUGGGACAGCUGGGUCACCAGGAGUCCCAGGGAAACCAGGACAAAAAGGUGAUGUUGGCUCAAAAGGGGAGAAAGGUGAAAUAGGUUUGCAAGGUGUCAAAGGUGGUAUUGGGGAGAAAGGGGAACCUGGCCAGAAUGGGACUGCUGGUGAGAAAGGAGAACCGGGAAAAGAGGGGCCAGCUGGACCUCCAGGAGUGGCUGUUGAAUUAGGUCCUAAGGGGGAUAAGGGGGAUAAGGGGGAGUGUGGCAUAUUUGGGGAGAGAGGACAGAAAGGUGAGCGAGGGGAUUCCGGGCCUCCUGGCAUCCCAGGAGCAAUGGGCAUUCCAGGAAUAAAUGGAAAACAUGGUGCCCCAGGUCCUAUGGGCGUCCGAGGGGAUCCGGGCCCUACUGGACAACAAGGAGAACCAGGGGUUAGAGGAUCUCAGGGACCACAAGGCAUAAGAGGGGUGAUGGGGCCAAAAGGGGACAGAGGUUACCCUGGGAUGAGAGGUGAGCGCGGCUUUCGUGGAUUCAAAGGAGCUAAAGGAUCAGGGGUUCCCCAGAAACGCUCAGCCUUCAGUGUAGGUAUCUCUCCGAGAAAGUCCUUCCCUCCUUCUGGCUUCCCUAUCCGCUUCGACAAAGUCUUCUACAACGAAGAUAACCACUUCAAUGUCACUUCCAACAGCUUCACAUGCGUCCACGCUGGGGUUUACGUCUUCUCCUUCCACAUCACUGUACGCAAUCAGCCUCUGCGAGCCACACUGGUGGUGAACGGGUCCCGACGGGUAAGGACACGGGACUCUCUGUACGGUCAAGACAUCGACCAAGCGUCCACUCUGGUGGUGCUGCGACUGGCGGUGGGUGAUCAGGUGUGGAUGGAGACGUUCAGAGACUGGAAUGGGGCGUAUGCCAGCAGUGAGGAUGACAGCAUCUUCUCUGGAUUCCUGCUUUACUCAGACAACGCUUGAUACUCUACUGAAAACAUCUUCUUCUACUGGACUGUUCCAACUUGACUAUAUCUGUGAAAAGGCCAUAUACUGGUGUUGCUACUACACUAUAAUCCUCACUUAAGAACAGCUCGAAAGCUGUAUUACUCACUGGUCUGAAAAUGUAAAGGUCCAAUGUGUAGGAUUUAGCAACAUCUAGUGGUGUAGUUGUAGAUUGCAACUCACUUGCUUCCCCUUCCCUUUCCAAGCAAGAAGGUGAAUCUACGGGGUCGCGAAAGCGAAUGGCCUUAUUAAGAGCCUGUGUUUAGUUUGUCCGUUCUGGGCUACUGUAGAAGAAUCGUGGUUCAACAUGGUGAUGGCCAUGAAAGGCAACCCGUAGUGUCUGUAGAUAAAAAAAAAAUUCUCAUUCUAAUACCCACAAAUAUUAUAUUAAAUUUCUGCCAAUAGAGCUUCCUAAAUGUUACACACUGGACCUUUAAAGUACCGGCAACACUAAAAUCAUGUUUAUUGUAUUAUCACUGUACUAGUAUCUCCUUAUUUUACUUGUUGCCUUGUGAAUAAAAAUGAAAAAAAUGUGCACACACUGUUUUGCUUACUGCUAAUUUACAUAUUUAAUCCACACAACCUUCGUCAGGUAUAUGAAAACGCAUCACAAUUGUUUUUUUGCUCUAUAAAUACAUGCAGGAUAAAUUAUCCAGUCCACAUGAGGUAAAGUGAAGAGAGAAAAAAAAAAUCACACUAUGAAAAGAUUAAAAUAUCUAAAAGGAAGUGCCAAUAUUAAUCAUAAAUGGAAAUCUUACAAUGUCAUCAUACUUAGAGCACUAUAACAACAUCCAUAACAACCAAAAACAUCAAAACUAAGUGCUCUGUGUACGAUACAAUUACAAGAUUUCAAAUGUAUGAUGAAAGUUGGAUAAAUGUACAUAUAUGAAACUGUUGUGAUGCUUGUCCUUAACACUAUACACCAAAACGCUGUUGAUAAAUACACCAGCAAGCAAAGUGAGACAGUGUGUAAGAGUUUUUGUUAGUUUUAUUUAGAUUGUGUUUCCCACUCUCUUCAAGCCCCACAGUGUUCCUGAACAAUAUACUUUACCUGAAGUAUUUAUUGAUCGUCUACCUGCAGUGUUGCCCUCAGUAAAAUGCUUUGUUCCUCCAGUCUUCCUCCUCUUCACUGUUGUCUUUGUUGCACCCUGACCUCUGCUUCCUGUCCAUCUACACUGUUACUGAUGGCCUGAUCUAAUCUUCUCAUUGCAAAAAACACCAACAUAUAUGAUGUAUGUGUUAAGUAUAUAAAGAAUAUCACUGUGACCUGUAACUAUAUUACUAUUCUUACUAUAAAUCCACUGCCCAUGUUAUUAUACCAAUACUUCUCAUAUGUAAGCAGUAUUGCUGUACAAUAGGGUUGUAAAAAGAGUGUUCAUUGAAAAUAAAAUCCAGUAGUAUAUAUCA